UCUAUCAAUGGCAGCUUCCACAAAGGUUCGUGUCCUAACGGACAGGACACUUUUUAUGGGGAAAAGAUGGAACCAACGAUGUUUAAAUAGUUUAGCUUGUGUGCAUCAGAGGAGAAAUAUACAAAGUGCCAGUCCCGACAGCUAUGAUGUUGUCGUGGUGGGCGGUGGAGUCGUGGGAUUAGCUACAGCCAGAGAACUUAUUCUGCGCCACCCAAAUCUUUCAUUUGCCGUUUUGGAAAAGGAAAAGGAACUUUCUGCCCACCAGAGUGGACACAACAGUGGGGUCAUCCAUGCUGGGAUCUACUACCAGCCAGGGUCUAUGAAGGCCAAGCUGUGUGUGGAGGGUCUGGAUCUCCUCUACAAAUACUGUGACGAAAACAGUGUACCCUACAAGAAAUGUGGAAAGUUGAUUGUUGCCGUAAAUAACGAAGAAAUACCUCGACUUGAUGCAUUACUUGAGAGAGGGAUAGAAAAUGGAGUAAAAGACCUACGUGUGGUGGAUGCGGAUGGCAUAAAGGAAAUAGAACCUAAUUGUGUGGGAGUAAAAGCUGUGUACUCCCCACAUACAGGAAUCAUAGACUACAAGGUAGUGGCCCAGUCUUAUGGCAAGUUUUUCCAGAAUCGUGGUGGGAAGGUCUUUACAGGGUUUGAGGUGAACAAAUUUGAUGUGACCAAGGAAAAUGAGAGUGGAAAGUCAGAUGGUUUAAAGUAUCCAGUCACAAUCCGAGGGAAACAGGGUGAGGAGCUAAAGUGCCGGUAUGCCAUCACCUGUGGAGGCCUUUACUCUGAUAGAAUAGCCGAGCUGUCAGGCUGUCACAGAGAACCCAGGAUUAUAGGAUUCAGGGGAGACUACCUACUCCUAAAACCAGAGAAAUCCAACUUGGUUCGUGGCAAUAUAUACCCAGUGCCAGAUCCCAGAUUCCCGUUCCUUGGUGUCCAUUACACACCCCGUAUGAAUGGCGAUGUCUGGCUUGGUCCUAAUGCUGUGUUAGCAUUUAAAAGGGAGGGAUACAAAUUGCUCGACUUCAGUCUCAAGGACACUGCGGAUGCCUUAAGCUUUAGAGGUCUACGUAAACUAGCCACCAGACAUUUAGCCUUUGGAAUCAAGGAGAUGUACCGGGGAUUUAACAUAUCUGCUCAGGUCAAGUUACUACAGAAAUAUGUCCCUUCUCUAAAAAGAGAAGAUGUUACAAGGGGUCCCUCGGGAGUGCGAGCUCAGGCUCUGGACAGGGACGGCCAUUUAGUGGACGAUUUUGUCUUUGAUAUAGGACAAGGAGAGGUCGCUGGUCGUGUGCUGCAUGUACGCAAUGCACCGUCACCAGCGGCAACCUCGUCACUCUCUAUAGCCAAAAUGGUUGCUGAUAAAGUAGAAGGAACAUUUCAACUUUAAUACCAAUGAUAUUAACUUAUAAUUAUUUAUGCAAAAUUGAUAACAAAUAUCUGAACAUAAUUUUAUUUGAUUCUUGAGUCUGUUGAAUCAAAAUAAAUUAAGUUGAUAGGAACAGCAAUACAGGGUCUUUAUCCCGAAGUACUGUUUGCAGGGGAUUUUUAUUAGUUUCCCAUUGAAUACUGUAUAUACAUGUACUUCACCAGUAUGGCAGAAACAAAUAUUUUUCAUGAGUACGAAAAAUAUGUUAACAUGUUCUUCCAUACAAGUGAAACAUUUAUAUAUGAGUGGGAAAACCACUAGAUAUGCUUUCUGUUACAUUUUUAGCUCACCUGCCCAAAGGGCAAGUGUGCUUAUGCCAUGGCACGUCGUCCAUCCGUCUGUCCGGCGUCAAUAUUUUACUUUAAACAACUUCUUCUCAAUAACCAAAAG